AUGGGAGAAGAAACGGUUGAUGGUUUGGAAUCCAAGUACGACAAGGAGAAGCUAUCUGAAGAACUCGAUAAACUCGUUACUAUGCCGUUCAGGCUGAAGAGUUUAGAAGAUUACAUUGUUUGUUUAAAGUUGAAGUCGAAGAAAAGAUCUGACGAAAUGCAAAAUUGCAUACAACUGCACACUGGGUUAGUCGAGGUGUUAAGUGUCAAAGGUUCGGAUGAGCUUAACAAAGAUGAGGUAAAUAUGAUUCUUUCGGAAGUGAAGAGCCUUAAGAUAAAGGCAGACUCUCUCCAAGAGGAACUUUCCAAGAAAACAUUGGUGACGGAGAAUCUGCUGAAGAAACUGGAGUAUCUCUCGACAGAAGCUGCGGAGAGCGAAAGGAAGUUUAGCAGCAUUGAAGAAGAGAAACAAAGAUUGACAACUAGGUUGCAGGUUUUCGAAGAGAAUGUUGGUAGACUACAAGAGCUGCUAAGGCAGAAAGCUGACGAACUCAAGGAAGGAAAGAUGUCUCUUGAGGUUUUGCAGGGUAAACUCGACUCGACAAAGAUGGAAAUGUUGGUGUGUAAGAAACAGAUUGUAGAUCAUGAGAAAGAAAAUUUAGUGGUUAUGGGGAACGCAAAGGCUUUGGAGGAAGAACAUAGAAGCUACUUGGCUGAAUUAGAAGCUUUACGUCUCCAGAGUGAGGAGAAAUCAUCGGAAUUAGCUAUGGAGAGAAAGAGAAGAAAAGAUGCCCACAGUGCUUACAAAAAGCUCAAGUCCCAAUAUAAUUAUCUCUGCAAAAGGUUUGGUCUUACUGCAGAUAGUGUUCCUCACCAGAGCCACCUUGAAGAUGACACUAACCAAUCUGGACAACAUGAGAGACCAGCCAUCUCGAGUUCUGUUGAAAAGAAACACACAGAAACUGUGAGAAAUGGUACUGGCUCGAGUGGCAGCUGCGAGAAAGAGAGUAUAAUCAAAACGGUGCAGACACCUACAACUUCCAUUUCACCCAUUUUGCGGUCGCCUGGUGUUAGAAGUGAUCCCUCCAGUGCAAAAUCUCCGCAGCUAAGUGGAUUGAAGCGUCCAGCUUCCAUUUGGAGAGACACAAGGUCUCGCCAAUCACCUGGUGGUCGUGAUCCUCACGAUGAUUUCCUAGAUACUCCGGUCGAGAACAUGAAAAGAGUCGCUGGGGAAGAAAAACAAGUCCAUGAUGCUUCUAAGAAAGAUGAUUCAGACGAGGAGACACAGGACUUGAAUCCUAAGCCGAGUCCAUCAAGGCAGCGGAUUCAAGUAGCAGAAACGAGUAAAAAAAGUUUCAAGCAUGUGGAACCUGUGAGAAAAAAAGCAGAGAGGGAGAAUUUGAAAGGGAUAGAGUGUAAGCAAUGCAAGAAAUUCUACGAUGCGGUUCUUCCUGAGAAUGAAGGAAACGGUAGAAGCUUGAGAUGUGAGCAUCAUGAAGGUGUGUCGAGGCAUCGUUACAAAUACGCUCCUCCAAUGACUCCUGAAGGAUUUUGGAACAUCGGAUUUGAAUCCGAAAUGUGA